AUGUAUGAAUAUAAAGUUUGUGAGGUUUAUCUAUGCAGAGGUGGGGUACCUGGCCUCACGUUGGCUUUGGUGGUAAGAACAUAAGCCAUGACAGGUCUAAGUGAAAACCUGGCUACCUGUCCUGUCCUGGACAGGUUCUUUUUUUAGUCGAGAAAAAACACGCCGAACAAAUAGGAGAGCGCAUUUUUAUUUUUUUUUUAAUGUAGACUAGGGGCUGUGCCCCUAGGCGAAACAGUCAGAAAAUCCUCAAAAAUUCUAAACUUUGAAGACAACCCUAUUUUUCGCUGACGUGAGAAAAAGUAUUUCUUUUAAAAAAGUUACGCCUGGGAAUACAAAUUGUGAAGUUUACAGAAGAAAAAAAAAAAUUCAAAACAAACUGGAAAUCGCGUGCAUAAAACAAUCCGAGAAAUCCGAAUGUCAAUCCGAAAAAAUAAGAACUUUGGAAGAGAAUCAUUUUAACAUAGUAAUUUCUAAACAACUUUCCUUUAACAUCAAUAGUAAUUAUGAAUAAAAAACUUUGCCCAAUAUUUUCAAUCAAGCUCUAAUCUCACCUGUUAGUUUUGCUCUCCCCCCCCCCAAAAAACCUCAAAAUAAACUAACUUGACUGGCCCAUUCCGUGAGAAGUUGUUGAUAUCUUUGAAUGUCCUGUCCAAACGAAACGUCUUCUUUUUCGGAAGCCUGAAACUUCUACAUUCUUUUUUUCAACAUUUUCGCCUAUUCUUAAACUUACAUCAAAAAAAUGGCAAUUGUGGAUUUUAUGGGACCGCUGCAUUUUGUGACGGUUUUCUCUAAAAAGAAUAAGAAAAUUAAAAAAUGUACCAAAUCACCCCAUUAAUAACACUUUCUGCGCUGAAAAAAACCACUCAAAAACCAGAAAAAAAAACAAAAAAUAAAAAUGCCGUGCAAAAAAAAAGAAAAACAACGCUACUCCGCCUGCGCGUUGUUUAUCGUAUUUGAUUUAUUGUUUUUUUGCAGGGUAGUGUGGGAAAUAGAGAGGGUUAGAGUGAGAGAGCGAUAUGUUUUUUAUAUGACAAGAAAUAAUUGAUUGAACGUUUUUUUUUUAGUUUUUUUUUCGAACUGAAAAAUUUUUCUGAUUUUUGAGUGGUUUUUUCAUCGCAAAAAGUGUUAUUAAUGGGGUGAUUUGGCACAUUUUUUAAUUUUCUUAUUUUUUUAGAGACAACAGUCACAGAAUGCAGCGGUCCAAUCACAUCCACAAUUGUCAUUUUCUGAUGUAAGUUUAAGAAUAGGCGAAAAUGUUGAAAAAAGAAUGUAGACGUUUCAGGCUUCCGAACAAGAAGAUCUUCCGUUUGGACAGGGCAUUCAAAGAGAUCGACAACUUCUCACGGAAAGGGCCAGUCAAGUUAGUUUAUUUUGA